AUGUCGGCCCUACCUCCAGAAAGGUCUCAAGCACGACGCAACACCAACAACCUUGAAUUGGUACCAACAGAAACCAGAGAGACGCUCCAUGAAGCUGGACUCAGCCCAAGUCCCCCUGAGAUAGGGAUCAAUUACCCCGAAGUCGGACGUCCUACCGACCCCCUUUUUCCCGAGGAAUACAGCCUCGAGACUCAAACUGGGCUGGUCCCAGCACAGACUCUCGAAUCAGUCCGUACGACAACCCGGGGCCGGCAGAUCUCGACGGCGGAUGUGGAAAAGGGAGGCGAAUCCGUGGAUUUUGUCACGUUUACGAUUAAUGACCCCGAUAAUCCGCACAACUGGAACCGCUUAUACCGCUGGUACGUCACCAUCGUCGUCUCGAUACUCGUCGUGUGCAUCGCGUACGGGUCGGCAUUCGUCACCGGUGGGUUAGGCCUGAUUGAGAGAGAGUAUCAUGUUUCGCUCGAAGUGGCUACGCUGACCGUUUCAAUCAUGGUCUGUGGGUUUGCGGUUGGGCCGUUACUCUGGAGUCCUCUGUCGGAGAUCAUCGGCCGUCGUCCCGUGUAUGUCAUCUCGCUCGGACUGUACACCAUAUUCCAAAUACCCUGCGCACUUUCUCCCAAUAUCGGUGGGUUGCUGGCCUGCCGUUUCCUCAGCGGCGUCUUCUCUAGUUCCGGUCUGUCGCUGGCUGGCGGGACCAUUGCGGAUAUCUGGAAUAUCGAAGAGCGCGGCAUGGCCAUUGCGUUCUUCGCCGCAGCGCCCUACUGCGGUCCCGUCGUGGGCCCCAUCGUAUGCGGCUGGAUCAACGUCGGUUCGCACCGACUGGACCUCUUCUUCUGGACCAACAUGGCCUUUGCCGGCGCCAUCAUGAUCCUCGUCGGCCUGGUACCAGAAACCUACGCCCCUGUCAUCCUGAAACGCCGCGCAAAAAAGCUCCGCAAGGAAACCGGCAAUUCCAACAUCAUCACCGAGCAGGAAAAAGUCAAGCUGAGCUUCGGGGAUAUCGUGCGCACGAACCUCGUCCGCCCUAUCACCAUGAUCCUCACCGAGCCCGUCCUCGACCUGAUGUGUAUGUACAUCGUCCUCAUCUACGCCAUGCUCUACGGCUUCUUCUUCGCCUUCCCCGUUAUCUUCGGCGAAUUGUACGGCUUCAACGACGGACAGAUCGGCCUGAUGUUCAUCCCGAUUCUGAUCGGCGCCGGCUUCGCGCUUCUCGUCACGCCCCUCAUGGAGAACCAGUUCCGGCGGAUCUGCCAGUCUCGCGCCCCGACGCCCGAAGACCGACUCAUCGCCGCGCUGAUCGGAGCCCCGUUCAUCCCGAUCGCAUUGUUCAUUCUCGGCGCUACGUCGUUCAAACACAUUAUCUGGGUUGGGCCAGCCUCGUCGGGUAUCGCGUUCGGCUUUGGCAUGGUGCUCUGCUACUACGCGGUUAACAACUACAUCAUCGAUUCGUACCAUAAGUAUGCGGCCUCGGCGCUCGCUGCGAAGGUGUUCCUCCGAUCUGGAGGCGGCGCGGCCUUCCCGCUGUUCACUACCCAGAUGUAUCAUGCGCUCGGCCUGCAGUGGGCGUCGUGGCUGCUGGCGUUUCUGGGGGUGGGGAUGGUGUUUAUCCCGUAUGGGUUCUAUGUGUAUGGAGCAAGGAUACGGGCGAAGUUUGAAAAGUAUUAA